AUGCGUAACUCGGCUCCGGUGACGAUCGCGCCCACCGGAACGAUCAGCAUCAUCGCCGGGGCUUCCAGCGGGAUCGAGCCAUUGUUUGCCUUGUCCUUCGUCCGCAACGUGAUGGACAACACGCGACUGGUAGAGGGCAACGCCUACCUGGAAGCCGUGGCACGCCACGAAGGGUUCUACUCGCCGGAACUGAUGGAACAGCUGGCCAGCGUCGGAUCUCUGGACGAUUUGGACGUGCCCGACUGGGUCAAGAACGUGUUCCGGGUAUCCCACGACAUCGACCCCCGGUGGCACGUGCGGAUGCAAGCGUCCUUCCAGGAAUACACGGACAACGCGGUAUCCAAGACGAUCAACUUCCCUCACGACGCGGCGGUGGAAGACGUGGCGGAAGCCUACCGUUCCGCCUAUACCCUGGGGUGCAAGGGAAUCACGGUGUACCGCGACGGCAGCAAGGCGGAGCAGCUGGUAGCGGAUUUCGGCGUGAUGGGCGACCAGGAGCAGGCGGUGCAAAAGCUGUCUGCCGGCGUUCGCGAGGGUCUGGAUCACCAGACGCUGCUGGGCGUCACCGGCAGUGGCAAGACCUUCACCAUGGCGAACAUCGUGCAGGAGGUCCAGAAGCCCACCAUCGUCAUCGCGCACAAUAAGACGCUGGCGGCCCAGCUGGCGACGGAGUUCAAGGAAUUCUUCCCGCACAACGCCGUGGAAUACUUCGUCUCCUACUACGAUUACUACCAGCCGGAAGCGUACAUACCGCGCACCGACACCUACAUCGAGAAGGACAGCAGCGUCAACGAAGAGCUGGACAAGCUCCGGCUCGCGUCCACAACCUCGCUGCUGACGCGCCGGGAUACCCUGAUCGUGGCCUCGGUGUCGUGCAUCUACGGUCUGGGCGAUCCGUCGGACUAUUUCGAAAUGGUCGCGCACGUUGCAGUGGGCGAGGAAUACAACCGCGGGCGCUGCUGCGUCAGUUGA